AAGGGCAGGCGGAGGGAACCAUAGAGCGAGAGAUGGAGACUGAAGGAGGAGAAGAAUUAGACCUGGAAGUAAUGAAGCCUUUAAUGGAAGACCAGUAUUCAGAAAGCGACAAAGAGGAAGAAAAUGAGUUGCUGCCAGCGGAAAAGAAAUAUCAGGCUGAGGAUGAAGAGAGCAUCACGUUUACACAAACACUGACUCACCUCCUCAAAGGGAAUAUUGGAACUGGACUUCUUGGACUACCACUAGCAAUAAAAAAUGCAGGUCUUUUACUUGGACCAGUCAGCCUUGUGUUAAUCGGAAUCAUUUCUGUUCACUGCAUGCACAUUCUGGUUCGAUGCAGCCACGAUCUUUCUCAAAGAUUGAAAAGGACUCCCCUAGGGUACAGUGAUACAGUGAGCUACGCAAUGGAAGCCGGUCCCUUUGACUCAUUCCAGAAGAGGUCCACGUGGGGCAGGUGCAUCGUUGACUUCUUCCUUGUGAUUACACAGCUCGGCUUCUGCAGUGUUUACAUUGUAUUCUUAGCAGAAAAUAUGAAACAUGUUUGUGAAGGGUUCUUUGAACAUAAAUCAACGGCUGCUAAUGCCACCGGCCCCAGCGGGCCAGCGAACAUACAUACCAUUGAUCUGCGGCUGUACAUGCUGUGCUUCCUUCCAUUUAUGAUCUUCCUGGUGUUCAUCCGUGAUCUUCGGACUUUGUCUGUGCUCUCGUGCUUUGCAAAUAUAUCCAUGGCUGUCAGCCUUGUCGUUAUUUAUCAAUAUAUUAUUCACGGUUUGAAAACGAUGUCUGUGAAGAAGCUGCCUCUAUUCGCUGAUUUAAAGAAGUAUCCCCUUUUCUUUGGCACGGCUGUAUUUGCUUUCGAAGGAAUCGGAGUGGUCCUUCCCCUUCAGAACAGAAUGAAGGAUUCCAGUCGCUUUCCAAUGGCUCUUAACAUCGGCAUGGGGAUUGUGAUGACCCUGUACAUCUCUCUAUCCACCCUGGGCUAUUUGCGCUUUGGGAAUGAAAUCCAAGGUAGCAUAACUCUGAACCUGCCACAAAAUAAAUGGCUGUACCAACUGGUCAAGAUUCUCUAUUCCUUUGGGAUUUUUGUGACCUACGCAAUUCAGUUCUUUGUUCCGGCUGACAUCAUUGUUCCGAUUGUCACCUCUAGAGUACAGCAGAAGCAGAAACUGAUGUAUGAGAUGGUGGUGAGAAUUCUCCUGGUCUGCUCGACAUGUGCCGUCGCCAUUUUGAUCCCUCGCCUGGACCUGGUGAUCUCGUUCGUCGGAGCCGUGAGCAGCAGCACGCUUGCCUUGAUCUUGCCACCAGUGGUCGAGACCCUCACUUUCUACAAGGACAAGGACGACCUGGGGAUGGUACUCAAAGACGUCUUCAUCGCUUCCAUCGGAGUGAUCGGCUUUAUCACCGGCACUUACGUGACUGUCGAAGAAAUCCUUUGUCCACCUUCCUCGCCUUCUGUCAAUUCCACGAUGGCUCCGGGCUGCUUGAACGUUUCACACUUGGCCGCAGGUUUAGAUUAAGAUGGGCAGACGAGAAUCCUGCCGAGUUCACGACUGUGGAUUCCCGUGGGGACCAAAGAUAAUGUCGGAUUCCGCAAUGCGAAGCUGGGGCUCGGGAUGAAUUUCUGAAAAAUUAAAAUGCCGUCUGCCCUAGCGCGCACAUCUCGCAGACCAAAGUCUCCAUCAAUUCCUGCCUUUCAAUUCAAGCUUUUUGUCAAGCAGAGAAAUUGGUAUAUGUUGAAAAAUAAUAAUCGGAAUUUUCAGUAUAUUUACUGACGCAUCAAAGCACUUUGGAAAGUAAAAAGUUUUGCGGAUUUGGCUAACGGCAUGAGGGGCUGUCUUCUCCAGCUCUUCUGUUCAUAUGUUGUAGGGGGCACUGUCUUCCAAGAACUUCUUCAGUGCUUUUGCCCAAAUCCUACUUCAUUCACUUAUGCAAGUGGGACUCCCAAUAGGCUGUACUUCCUAGUGAGACGGGCCUUUGAGGGGGGUUGCCAUUGAACCACACCUGGCGUUUGCACCCUGGGGUUUUCAAGUUGAGAGACGUUCAGAGGUAGUUUGCCAUUGCUUGCCUCUACAUAGUGACCCUGGACUGCCUCGGGGGUUUCCCAUCCAAAUACAAACCCAGGCUGACCUCCCUUAACUUCCAGGAUCUGAAAAGAUCGGGCUGUCCAGGUCAGGGAUCAAUGAGAGUAGUUAUCCACAAAGAUGCUAGUAGUGAUUGGCAUGCAUUCCUCUAUAAUGACUGAAAAGCAGUGUUUUCUUGCAUUUGUUGCUGCAAGUUAUUUCCAUGCCAAAAAAAAGACCCUUUUUAGUGAUGGGAUCUUGCACUUAUGAUAUCUGCUUAGGAAUUUUUAGCAGAGCAGAAUAAGACUGUGGAUGGUGACACGAGUUUUGUUUCAACCUUCAGAUGCAGCUGUCCAAAUCUGCAGUAUGCUGUAUUUUUUUUCUAUUUAUUCCUAACAGAGUAACUCUAUAUUUGUUCUGCUCUACUGUAUAUUAUUGUACAGAUAUUUCUACGGUAUUCUGCCUUAAAAAAUAUGCAAGUUACAGCUCUCUGCUUAGGGGGUGCGCGGGUGGGAAGAAGACAAAAUGAGGCAAACCAAAGUACGGAAGCCUUGGAUAGGGACAGCAAAAGUUUUAAAGUUUUAAACCAGGGGUCUGCAACC